AUGUCAAAUUACGAUUCAGAUAAGUCUGAAAAAAAGACUUUGUUUAUAGCUAACUUGCCUAUCGAAGCUUUAGAAAAGCAUGUUCGAGAAGUUUUUGAGCCCUAUGGAACAAUUCUCACAGCAUUUAUCGUUAAUACUCGCGGAACCGUUAGAUCACGUGGAAUUGCAUUCGUUGAAUUUGAAAAGCACGAACAAGCAGAAGCUGCUAUGGCAGCAACAAACGGAAUGAAAUUUUGGGAAAAUCAAAUUAGAGUACAAUGGGCUAAACCAUUACCACCAGAAGAAAGAGAAAGAAAACAGCGUUUAGUACAGAGAAAGCAGCCUCAAGAUAUGAAUGGAAUGUCUUCAUCACAAAUGGCCAUGAAUUCACCCCGAGAAAUGUCUUACAGAGAUAAUCCACGUGAUUCUUUUCAUGAUGGAUAUCACGAGUCAUACAAUGAGCCUUAUCAUGAUUCAGAAAGAGUGAUUAACGAUUAUAGAUCAGAUUCAAAGCCUCCGCCAAUAAUGCUUAAUCAGCAGAACGCACAGCCUCCUUCCAGGCCUCAAACACCCGUUUUAAACAGAGCUUCAACUCCAAUUCAAAACAGAGCACAAACUCCAGUUCAAAACAGAGCUUCUACUCCAAUGAGAGCAGAAACUCCACGUCCUUCACAGAAUUCACAGCAACCAAAUACAGAAAUUGUAGAGCCACAACCCGAUAAUUUAAUAGAUAUUCCAUUCCAAAACGAUAACUUCGUAAGAAAAGAUAUCAAAGAGAUAGUAUUACAACUUAAAUCUAGAGAAGAGUUUUUGGCCCGUAUUCUAGGCAAAAGAUCGAAUAGAGCUAUUGAUUCAAUUCUCUGA